GCCAUUUUUGCUACAAUCAAGCGGUAUAGCGUGUCCGGUUUUGGUGAAGCUCGCAGCAGUGAGUUUCAUAAAUUCGUUCAACUUAAUAUUGCGUGCUACGAAAAUACACAAACCGUAAACAUAAAAAUUCUUGAUUUUUGAUACCAAUCACAUUGUCUAGUUUUAUCUGAAAAUAGAGAAAAGUAAAAUACGUCCUCGUUAAUUUUCGCCAAAUCAUGGAGGGUUUUGAUGAUCCAGGAAUUUUCUUUUCGGACAAUUUUUCCGUUGACGAACUUCGCGAGAAUCAAGUCAACUUACAAGCGUCUAAAAAAAAGUUCAAAGAGUUUAUAAGACAAUUCCAUGAAGGAAAUUUCCAUUACAAAUACAGAGAUGCGCUCAAGCAUAAUUACAAUCUUGGACAGUACUGGGUUGAAUUCAAUAUUGAAGAUCUUGCCGCUUUUGAUGAAUCCCUUGCUGAAAAAAUAUACAAACAGCCGACCGAAUAUCUGCCAGUUUUUGAGGAAGCUGCCAAAGAGGUUGCCGAUGAACUUACCGCUCCUCGUCCUGAAGGUGAAGAAAAAGUACAAGACAUACAAAUAUUGCUGUCUUCUGACAGUAAUCCAAGUUCUUUACGUGGAAUGAAGCCCGACAUAGUGUCUCAACUGAUAAAAAUUCCGGGAAUUGUGGUAUCAGCUUCUGGUGUAAGAUCCAAAGCAACAAAGAUCUCAAUUCAGUGUAGAUCGUGCAGAAGUGUUCAAACAAAUAUUCCCAUCAAACCUGGUCUGGAAGGUUAUGCUUUGCCUAGAAAAUGUACAACGGAACAAGCUGGUCGCCCAAAAUGUCCGCUUGAUCCGUUUUUCAUAAUGCCGGACAAGUGCACGUGUGUUGACUUUCAAGUAUUAAAACUACAAGAAUUGCACGAGCAUACACCCCAGGGUGAAAUGCCACGACACCUGCAGGUUUAUUGUGAUCGUUAUCUGUGCGAUCGUGUGGUACCGGGUAAUCGGGUUCUUAUAUUGGGCAUAUAUUCAAUCAAGAAAGUUGCGGGAGGUGGUGGCAAACGUGAAGGUCGUGAAAAAGCGUUAGUGGGUGUGAGAGCGCCGUAUAUUCGGGUGGUUGGAAUAUCCGUUGACGGAGAUAAUCUUGGAAGUGGUACUCAUCCACCUAUUACUACUGAGGAAGACGAAAUGUUCAGACGUUUGGCUGCUGAUCCUAAUGUUUAUGAAAGAAUAGCAAGGAGUAUAGCUCCGAGCAUAUUUGGAGCAAUUGAUAUAAAAAAAGCAAUUGCUUGCCUUCUUUUUGGUGGCUCGAGAAAAAGAAUGCCUGACGGUUUGUGUCGGAGAGGUGACAUAAAUAUUCUUAUGUUGGGUGACCCCGGUACGGCUAAAUCUCAGUUGUUGAAAUUCGUUGAAACCGUUGCUCCUGUAGGGAUUUACACUUCUGGCAAAGGAAGUUCCGCCGCUGGUCUUACUGCUUCUGUUACUAGAGAUCCUGUCACGAGAAACUUUGUAAUGGAAGGCGGUGCAAUGGUUCUCGCUGAUGGCGGUGUCGUAUGCAUCGACGAGUUUGAUAAAAUGAAAGAGGACGACAGAGUAGCGAUUCAUGAAGCUAUGGAACAGCAGACGAUAUCAAUCGCAAAAGCUGGCAUAACUACAACCUUGAACACUCGGUGUUCCGUUCUUGCAGCAGCUAAUUCUGUCUUCGGUCGUUGGGACGACAUUAAGGGAGAAGAGAACAUUGAUUUCAUGCCGACUAUUCUUUCGCGUUUUGACAUGAUAUUUAUUGUCAAGGAUGAGCAUGAAAAAAAUAGGGAUAUAACGCUCGCCAAACACGUUAUGAAUCUUCAUAUGAAUGCCGGACAAGUUUCGGAAUUAACAACUGACGGGGAAAUACCGUUGAGUGUUCUCAAGAAAUACAUUUACUAUUGUAGAACACGGUGCGGACCAAGGCUCAACCCUGAGGCAGGUGAAAAACUGAAGAAUCGUUACGUAAUGAUGCGCGCUGGUACUUCACAGCAUGAGAAAGAUGCCGAAAAACGGUUGCCCAUUCCAAUAACCGUCCGACAACUCGAAGCAAUAAUACGAAUUUCCGAGGCCCUUGCUAAAAUGCGAUUUGCACCUUUCGCAACUGACGUUCAGGUCAACGAAGCUCUCAGACUGUUCCAAGUCUCUACUCUAGACGCAGCAAUGACUGGAUCUUUGGCGGGCGCUGAGGGCUUCACGUCGGAAGAAGAUCACGAGAUAUUAACUCGAAUUGAGAAACAAUUGAAACGUCGUUUCGCAAUUGGAACUCAAGUAUCGGAGCAGAAUAUCGUCAGUGAUUUCGUCAAACAAAAAUAUCCAGAACGUGCGAUUUACAAAGUUAUACACACGUUAAUUAGACGCGGAGAACUUCAACAUCGUCUCCAAAGAAAAAUGCUUUAUAGACUCUUCUAAGGGACCUUCCAAACGGAGACGGGAUCGCUAUCGACAUCGAGAACAUAGCUGCCGUCCUCGUUGAUCGCCGGUGCGAAGGAUUCCGCGUCUUGAACAAACGCAAACGGCAUGUGCACGAGAUACAUGUCGAGGUAAUCGAGU